AUGCAGCAAAGGAAGCACAUGCUGCAAAGGCAGCACAUGCUGCAAAGGCAGCACACAUUGAGAAGCCUGAAACACACUGGAAAGGCAGCACAAACUGGAAAAGCAGCAUAUACUGGAAAGGAAGAACACAGUGGAAAGGCGCAGACAUUGCUCAACUUGAGAGGACAGCUCAACUUAAGAGGGCAGCUCAACUUGAGAGGGCAGCUCAACUUGAGACGACAGCACAGCUUGCGAGGACAGCACAGCUUGCGCGGACAGCACAGCUUGCGAGGACAGCACAGCUUGCGAGGACAGCAAAGCUUGCGAGGACAGCACGGCUUGCGAGGACAGCACGGCUUGCGAGGACAGCAUGGCUUGCGAGGACAGCACAGCUUGCGAGGACAGCACAGCUUGCAAGGACAGCACAGCUUGCGAGGCCAGCAAGGCCUGCGAGGACAGCACAGCUUACGAGGACAGCUCUACUUGAAAGGACAGCUCAACUUGAGAGGACAGCUCAACUUGAGAGGACAGCUCAACUUUAGAGGACAGCUCAACUUGAGAGGACAGCUCAACUUGAGAGGACAGCUCAACUUGAGAGGACAGCUCAACUUGAGUGGACAGCUCAACUUGAGAGGACAGCUCAACUUGAGAGGACAGCUACACUUGAGAGGACAGCUCAACUUGAGGGGACAGCACAACUUGAGAGGACAGCACAACUUGUGA